AUGUCGUUGCCUUGGUUUUGCAUUUGCUCUGAAUUCUGUCUUGGCACCCUGAAGGACGCAGAGGCGAGGGAGCAGCAGACGAGACGGAUCAGCAGUGGAGAUGUAGAGGAGACGGGUGCUACAGGCGAGCAGAGCAGACGGCUGCUACAGGCGAGCAGAGCAGACGGCUGCUACAGGCGAGCAGAGGAGAUGGCUACUACAGGCAAGCAGAGGAGACGGCUGCUACAGGCGAGCAGAGGAGACGGCUCCUACAGGCGAGCAGAGGAGACGGCUGCUACAGGCGAGCAGAGGAGACGGCUGCUACAGGCGAGCAGAGGAGACGGCUGCUACAGGCGAGCAAAGGAGACGGCUGCUACAGGCGAGCAAAGGAGACGGCUGCUAGAGGCGAGCAGAGGAGACGGCUGCUACAGGCGAGCAGAGGAAACGGCUGCUAUAGGCGAGCAGAUGAGACGGCUGCUAUAG